GCUGGGAUGAUAGGUAGCCUAGCCAAGGACAUCAAACUCCAUUAUCUGACCCUACUCACAUUGUUCAUCCAGAUUGAAGCACUAUGCAUCAGUGAAAAUCUGCGUCAGGGAUGGCACCAAAUCACCUGUUCUGAAUGAAGUGGCAAUGCUACAGCGUCUGGGGAACUUCGCACAACAGGCUGAUCAUCCGGGCUUGGAGUUCACGCGCCUGGCCCAAGACAUCUUUCAGAUCGACACUUCUACAGGACCCCAUCAUUGCAUUGUCACAGAGCCCCAGGGAGCAAGCAUUCGCACAUUACAAGACGUAUUUCCCAAUGCAAUAUUACCAAAGCUUCUCGUCAAGUCGCUGGUACACCGGCUGGUUAUCUCCAUCGAUUGGCUGCAUGCGACGUGUGGCCUCGUACACACCGACAUUUCCCCCCAGAAUGUUUUGAUUAAACUCGAAGACGAUAGUGUCUUAAAGGAUAUCGAGAAGCAAGAAUCCCAAAAUCCAAGCACUCCAGUGAUCAGUCAAGGAGUCCCUAUCUACCACUCCUUAGCGACCAUGCUUGAACUAUCGGGCCUCCCCGUCCUUACGGACUUUGGGCAGAUGCGACCGUCGGAACCCGCGAAUCGCGACUGGUGGAUGUCCGAUCUGUAUCGUGCGCCGGAAGUGCUCUUGCAGCUGCCCUGGAGCUUUCCCGUCGACAUCUGGUCGAUCGGUGUCAUGAUCCUCGAGCUUCUGGAAGGAAAGAACCUUUUCGACCCUAUCGAUCGCACAGACGAUCAUUAUGUUCUCCCGCUAGCUUUGGCUCAAUAUAUCGGCUAUCUUGGACCCCCGCCGCUCGAGAUCAUAAAGCAGAAUCCGCUGUUUACGACAUAUUUUGAUGAUGACGGGAACUGGACAUCCGAUGUUCCAAUACCGCAAACAUCCCUGGAAGAAUUCGUGACGACGAUUCCUCCGGGGAAAGAAAAAGAAGCAUUUCUGCGAUUUAUUCGAAAGAUCUUGACCUGGGACGCUGAGGUUCGAGCAACUUCGGUCGAGAUCAUACCAUCUCACCCCCCAAGCCAGCCCAUAAGCCUGUCCCACGGCCAAAAUUCUUUCUUCGGGAACAUUCUCCCAGAGAACUCAGUCCACUCCCAGAAUCCCAUCCCAUCAGGCGCUCCCUUGGCCUCCUUCUUCCAUUCCUCGCGUGGCGGAUACGGCGAUGGAUCAAAUACCAGUCGCAGGGCAUACUGGUCACCAUUCCGGACCUUGCGCCGGGUGUCGAAUUGAGCCACUAACCUUCCCUGCUCAAGCCGGAUGUUGUAAGUCUUUGGCCUGAACGCCUGGUCGGUGAGCCAACCCUCAUUCAUCGUGCGGGUUGAUCUAUCAUAUUGGGAUAUACGGCGCGUAGUGAGCGUCAUUUCAACGCUGAACUUGGUGACAAGUUUUGGUUUGCGGCCUUUGUUGUCUAAGUUGACGAUCUGG